AUGUUCUUCACAGUCUGCGGUUGCUUCGCCUUGAGCUGGUCCCUGUUUCUUAUCCUACGCUACAAAUACCACUCGAGUUCACCCCUUCCACCUGGUCCGGCUGGUUCGCUACCAAUCUUAGGUGUCCUACGAAUACACCCUAAGACCGAGUUUUGGAAGACCUACUCGGAAUGGGCGAAGAGAUACGGCCCCGGGGGACUCAUUUCCUUUCAUCUACUUGGACGCCGAAUCAUUGUCGUACAAACGAAGGCUGUCGCGGACGACCUGUUCACCAAAAGGUCCAGCUGCUACAGUGAUCGGCCAUUUCCCCCAAUGUCAGGGAAACUGAUGAAACGUGAGAAGAGCAUGUUCUAUAUCUCAUAUAACGAGCGCUGCAAGAUGUAUAGAAAGUUGAUGCAGCAGGUCUUGAACUCUUCCGCAUCUCAAGCUUACUGGACUAUCGAAGAGGAAGCCGCAAAGUACACGGUUAACAAAGUACUGGAGUCUCCUGAGAAACUGUUUCAACACCUUCGCCGGAAUGCAGCGUUCAUCAUUAUGAAAGUCGCUUAUGGGUACACCAUUAGUGAUUAUAAUGAUCACUUUGUAGCAAUUGCUGAAGAUGCUAUGAGGAUAGGGUCGCUUGUCGCAGCACCUGGAAAGUGGCUUGUGGAUUCCCUCCCGAUCCUGCGCUUCCUACCAGACUGGUUCCCAGGCGCAGGAUUCAAACGUCAGGCGAAAGCCUGGAGCGAACACAUGUACUUGCAGAGUUUAGAGCCUCACGUAUGGGUCAAAGACCAGAUGGUGAAAGGUUCUGCUGUACCAUCUUUCACAUCCAAUCUCCUGCAAGACGCAAAUGGGGCAGUUACCACUGACAAAGAGCUCGACGACGUAGUGCUUUGGACAGCGGGUGCGCUAUACGCGGCCGGAGCCGAUACAACCGUAUCGGCGAUGCGAACCUUCUUGUUUUGCAUGUUAAUGUAUCCAUCCGUUCAAGAAAAAGCGCAUGCCGAAUUGGAUAGGUUCGUGGAAGACGAACGGCGCCUUCCUACAUUGAAGGACUGGUCGCAGGGUGCACUACCGUAUCUCACUAGCAUCCUUCUGGAGGUCCUUCGUUGGCAUCCGCCAGCACCUAUGGGGCUCUUCCACUCCGCAGCACACGAUGACAUAUAUAAAGGUUAUCUCAUUCCUGCGAAGACGACCAUCAUAGGGAACAUUUGGGGGAUGAUGCACGACGAGAGCGUUUACCCUAAUCCCGAUGUAUUUGACCCGGAUCGCUUUACGGGUAUAGAUGGACGGAAGGUCGAGGAAGAUCCUCGCCAAGUGGUAUUUGGGUUCGGGCGCAGAGUCUGUCCCGGGUUGUAUGUUGCAGAAGCCUCGAUUUGGAUCCAGAUGGCACUCAUGCUGGCUUGUCUGCGUAUUGAGAAAGCGGCUGAUGAACACGGACGUGUUCUGGAGCCGGAGGUCGCUUUUACCACCGCUAUAGUGAGCUAUGUGAAACCUUUCCCGUACAGGAUUGUUACCCGCCGAGGUGUUGAAUUAUUGAACUAG